AUGAAGUUUACUUCUAUUUCUUUGGUCAUUUUUGGCAUCAUCACUAGUUUCAGCGGUGGCAGAGCUGAACAAGACGCAAACAUCACUGUAGGUUACGCUUCUGGUAUCAAAAAUGAACAUCGACUUGGCGAUUGUAUUCCCAUGAACAGCAAUGGGCAGAAACUGCAAUCCGUUCAAGUUAAGCAAACUGUACAAUGCACCGUGUAUAAAAAUGAUGUAUGCAUGGGCAAUGCCCAUUUCCCUACAAUGAUAAUGCCGGUUGGUUCGACUACCACAGCAGUGAAUCAACUUGCUCCUGGUGAUUCUAUAGUUUAUUCUUUCCUAUGCAAUGCGGCAUGA